AUGGCGUUUGGAGGAUGGGACAUAAGCGACAUGAACUUAGCAGACGCAAUGGCACGAGCCAAGGUCUUAGACAUCGACCUCCAAAAGCAGCUACGUCCGUUCAUGGAACACAUGGUUCCUCUCCCUGGAAUCUACGACCCAGAUUUCAUCGCAGCUAACCAGGGGUCACGUGCCAACCACGUGAUUAAAGGCACCAAGAAACAACAACUCGAACAAGUCAUCAAGGACAUAAGGUAA